UUCUUCGGGUAAAUACGAAAACGAGACUGUUCAUCACUUUUAUGCUGGGCAGGGUCUUGUCCUAAUGAUUUACAAAUAUAUAAAAGAUUAUAUUCUGCGUUUCAAAUAGAAUGGACAGCUACGGUGUCAUUGCAAACCAACCAGUCGUCAUCGAUAAUGGCUCUGGUGUUAUUAAAGCUGGAUUCGCCGGUGAUCAAGUUCCAAAAUGCAAUUUCCCCAGUUUCAUUGGGAGACCAAAACAUGUGAGAGUAAUGGCUGGUGCAUUAGAAGGUGAUAUAUUUAUUGGAAAAAAAGCAGAGGAAUACAGAGGACUGCUUAACAUUCGGUAUCCCAUGGAGCAUGGAAUAAUAGAAGACUGGAAUGAUAUGGAGAGAAUCUGGCAGUAUAUUUACUCAAAAGACCAGCUGCAAACAUUUUCUGAAGAGCAUCCAGUACUGUUAACAGAGGCCCCUCUGAAUCCAAGAAGAAACAGAGAAAAAGCUACAGAGAUCUUUUUUGAAACAUUCAAUGUUCCAGCUCUCUUUGUAUCAAUACAAGCAGUCCUUAGUUUGUAUGCUACUGGUAGGACAACUGGAGUUGUAUUAGAUUCUGGUGAUGGUGUUACACAUGCAGUCCCCAUAUUUGAAGGAUUUGCAAUGCCCCAUUCAAUCAUGAGGGUAGAUUUAGCAGGAAGAGAUGUUACCAGGUACUUGAAACUUCUGCUAAGAAGAGAAGGCUGGAACUUCCACACCACAGCUGAGCAGGAAAUAGUCAAAACAGUGAAAGAGAGAGUCUGUUUCUUGUCACUAAAUCCACAAAAAGAAGAUUCGAUAGAGGCUGAAAAAUCUGCAUAUGUUUUGCCAGAUGGAAAUAUACUGGAGGUUGGGCCUGCACGAUACAGAGCACCAGAACUAUUGUUUCGUCCAGAUCUCAUCGGUGAAGAAUUCGAAGGCCUGCAUCAGGUGCUUCAUUACUCCAUACGAAAAUCUGACAUGGAUCUGAGAAAAACCCUCUACUCAAAUAUUGUCCUUUCUGGGGGAUCAACGCUGUUCAAAGGUUUUGGUGACCGCCUGCUGCAUGAGAUCAAGAAGCUUGCUCCAAAAGACAUCAAAAUAAGAAUAUCAGCACCACAAGAAAGACUGUAUUCAACUUGGAUAGGUGGCUCCAUUCUAGCCUCUCUAGACACUUUUAAGAAGAUGUGGGUAUCCAAGAAAGAAUACGAUGAAGAAGGAGUUCGUGCAAUUCACAGGAAGACAUUCUAGGACUUGACUAUCUAUUCUAGCUAUUAGAUUCGCUUUCAUAUGUCUAACAGAAGAAGAGCCUUAUACGGACUUAGCAUUGCCAUAAGGAAGUGAACCCCAAGAUGAAACUGUCAAAAUGUCAAUCAUAUAUACUUCGAUGUCGUUAUAAAUCCUGCAUAGAAAUGCACUGAACUUAGGUGAAUCGCGUAUCUCAGGAGGACGUUUAAGGUUACCACUUGCAAAAUUCGAUUUUUAAACUAAAGUUCCUCUUCUGAGUUUCUUAUUCUUAUUUUUAAUUUAGAUAGUAUGUUGCAUCCUCAUAUUUAGCAGAAUUAAGUUUUGGCAAAAUUUGCAGCGUUGAAAAUCAGUUUCAAAUGUUCCAGAAAUUUAUAAGUGCUCUUCUAGAAGCAGUCUUUUGGUUAACCCUGGUCCUUAGUAUUGUAUUAACACUGGUACUGAAAAGCAAACUAUUAAAUUUAGACCCAGUUAACCCUCUUUCUGUAUUUAAGUAAUACAGUUUCUUCCCACCCAUGCUAUGGUUAAAUUGAUUUUGUGCAGCUAUCGUCGAAUAUUUGAGUGUCUGUAAUUAUAAAUAGAAUUGUUGAAGGCGUCUUAUAGUCUCAAAGGAAAUCGCUGAUUUUGCCCCAGCAAGGGAAAUAUUAUGUAUCAGUGUAUGUCCCUAGCUGCAUGUUAGUUAAAACAUUUCAUCUUCUAUAUUACACCUGUGACGCAAAUCUUACAUCUGGGAGUAUUUUAUUGCCCUUUGAUUUUAGAGUAUGUGUACCAGAUCAGUAGAUCGCCGAUCAUAAGCACUUCAAUUCACUUUCGUGGAGAUUUACGGCUGAUUGUUUUGGAAACUGGACCGUAACCAGACUAAAAAUUUCUUAAAAAGGAGAUCUCUUGUUCAACAAUUCUAGUAUAUUUCUAGUACAAAACCCUGGCAAUUUUCCCUAAAAGCACCAAGGCAAGAACUUGUGUGUCCACAAAAAUAACACAUUCACCUUCUAUACAAAAGUUUUGCCUUCAAUAGAAAACAAACUUAAGUCACAGACCUCAUGUUAUUAACUAACGUUUACGUGCCUCCGUAAUCUGAUCUAAAGGCUACCUUCAUUAUUUAUUGUACUUUAUUUUUAUAUGAUGCUCGUUA